AUGAGCGACACGGGUUCUGGCAACCUUCAGACAAAGAACCCCUUCCAGCAUUUGGAGUCAAUUGAAUCGGGUCCUCCGGUCAAAUUGGAUGGAGCAGUCCCUUCAUCGUCAAUGGAACCUACUUCUCGCCAAGCUGUCGACUGGCCACAAUGGAAGAAGAAUGCUACAAUUUUGAUGGUCUCAUUUCAUUCCAUGAUUUCUGUGUUCAUGGCAGCAGGAAUCGUGCCAGCAAUUUCUUCACUGGCAAAAUCUUAUGGUGUGCCCCUUGCUGACGCAAGCUACCUGGUGUCCAUUCAAAUCGUUCUACUUGGAAUAGCACCUAUUUUCUGGAUUGUCAUCACAGAAAGAUAUGGCCGCCAUUAUGUCCUUAUAUUUUCGGUCCUUGCGAGUAUGGUGUGCAACAUCGGAGGCGUCCGGUGCGAAACUUACGCUGGCCAGAUGGUCACUCGUGUUUUGACUGCAGUUUUCAUAUCUCCACCCAUUGGAAUUGGCAGUGGAGUGGUAGCUGAAUUAUCUACUCCAGAUGAAUAUGCCCGGAAGGUGGGGUGGUGGGUUUUGAUGACCAUCCUCGGUACCCCGGCAGGUCCCUUUAUCAUGGGGAUAUCGGACUUUGUGUCUCCAUUUCACCUAGCCAAGAACCCUCGGAUCUUGGUAGCAGCGCUAGCUACUGCUAUCACCUUCUGCUAUGCCAAUAUCGUCUUCGUGGUCGAAAUGCCGCUCACGUUUGGGGAGAAAUUUCAUCUCAAUGCUCAACAAACCGGUCUCCAAUUCAUUCCCAUCAUCAUCGGGUGCGUAAUUGGAGAGCAGAUCGGUGGUCCAAUGUCCGACUACUUCAUGAAGGUAUAUAGAAAGCGCAAAGGCCGAGUUUGUCCGGCCGAUCGCCUCUGGUUGACUUACAUUGGCUUCCUCACUAUCAUUGCUGGUCAGCUCGUCUGGGGGGUUCAACUUGAGCGAGCGAAAAUUUGGAAUGUAACUCCCUGCGUGGGAAUUGCCAUUGCCAGCUUUGGCAAUCAGAUUCAAUCUACCAUUCUCACAGCGUAUGCCAUCGAUACUUCGCCCGAUGACUCUGCAUCAAUCGGAGUGCUGUUCAACGUUAUCAGGCUACUUUAUGGUUUUGUCGGCCCUUUCUAUUUCCCAUACAUGUUUCGUGCUUUAGGUUUCACUGGUACGGCCGGGGUUAUGAGUGGCAUUGUCGUUGUCGGUGGAAUUAUCCCAACAUUGCUUGUCCAGGUUACCAGUCCACGGGAAUAA